UUAAAAAGCCUUCCAACUCAUGUAAUUCCAGUCCACUAGGUGGCAGUACUACGCCAUAACGCCUCUGACCGUGGCUCUCAAAAUGUGACUGAAAAUGUCCGUGUCAAGAUUACCAACUGCUACACUCAACCUUAAACAGUUUUUGCAGAGGCAAAAAGUUUUAGGUCUGUACCGUAAUAUGUUGAGGACAAUCCGCAAAGUUCCAGAUGACACAGAUCGUAAAUAUCUGAAGGACUGGGCAAGAGAGGAGUUCAAGAGGAACAAGGAGGCCACAGAUCAGGAUGCUGUCCGGAUGAUGAUCACACAGGCCAACAAUCACCUGGAGGAGCUGAAGAGAUCCCUUGCUCUGGCUGGAAGGUGAACAGCUGCAGGCUCCUGUACGAGUGAUCUGUGCUGACGGGACAGUGUUGAGAGAUACACACAGAGAGAUAACCACAUUCAACUCCAGCAUAAGCUGUGAGUGCUGUUGGACUGUAAAGCAGGAGAGUCCUGCAUGUCCGGACUGCACCGUUGUUACAUGUCCUAGCUCUCAUUCACCUGAUCGUAUGUUAGAGCAGAGAAAUCAUUAGAUUAUGCUGGGUUCAUUUUUUUUUUUUUUUUUUUUUUUUUUGGAGACAGAUGGAUUAUGUCAGAGUGAUUGAGUUUGAGCUCCAGUCUCUUCACAGUGAAGGUUUUCUAAACAAACAAGCUUAAUAAAUGUAGCUUGUAUUUUAAGCUGAAUGACUGUCCUCUCCUGGGUCAUUUUGAGUGCAUUAAUGAAUGUCACACUACACCUUCUAUAAUGUACAACAGAAUAGAAGUGAAUGAGCAGGUAAGCAGAUAAACGACAGAUCCAACAUGGCUACUGAGGACGGCAUCUGGAUGUAUCCAAAUAUCCCUACUAUUCUACUGUACAGUAGGUGAAAAGCACUUCAUCAGAGGAGUAGUGUGAAUUCUCAUUGUUCAGAAAUUAGAAGGAGAGAAAUACCCCAAUGAUGUACUGCUUCCUCAGAGAUCCUGCAGUAUGGAACCAAAAUACACUGCGCUAUCCCAUAAUGCAAAGGGACUGGUGCAGAAGAGCAGAGUGCUAUAAGUAAUAAACAUUGUUCAUUGUGGUAAAACUGUAUUGGUUUAACAACAUCUGUCAACUUGUUGCCAAUUUAAACAAGAAAAAAUAGUGCCAUUUUUUUCCAAGAAAAAGAAAGUUUUUGUGGUUAUGACAGAUGCAGUAGGUACUGAAUACAGCAGGUACUGAAUCGAAUGCAGUCGGUACUGAAUCAAACACAGUAGAUACCGAAUCAAAUACAGCAGGUAGUGAAUCAAAUGCAGCAGAUACUGAAUCAAACGCAUUAGAUACCGAAUCAAAUACAGCAGGUAGUGAAUCAAAUACAGCAGAUACUGAAUCAAACGCAUUAGAUACCGAAUCAAAUACAGCAGGUAGUGAAUCAAACGCCGCAGACACCGAAUCAAAUACAGCAGGUAGUGAAUCAAAUGCAGCAGAUACUGAAUUAAACGCCGUAGAUACCGAACCAAAUACAGCAAGUAGUGAAUCGAAUGCAGCACGUACUGAAUCAAAUGCAGUAGAUACCGAAUCGAAUGCAGCAGGUAUUGAAUCAAAUGAAGUAGAUACCGAAUCAAAUACAGCAGGUAGUGAAUCGAAUGCAAUAGAUACCGAAUCAAAUGCAGUAGGUACUGAAUCAAACGCAGUAAAUACCGAAUCGAAGACAGCAGGUGCUGAAUCAAAUGAAGUAGAUACCGAAUCAAAUACAGCAGGUAGUGAAUCGAAUGCAAUAGAUACAGAAUCGAAUGCAGCAGGUACUGAAUCAAAUGCAGUAAAUACCGAAACAGCAGGUAGUGAAUCGAAUGCAGCAGGUACAGAAUCAAAUGAAGUAGAUACCGAAUCAAAUACAGCAGGUAGUGAAUCAAAUGUAGGUAGGUACCGAUUCAAAUGCAAUAAUACGAAUCAAAUACAGCAGGUACUGAAUCAAAUACAGUGGAUAACGAAUCAAGUACAGCAGGUCGUGAAUCAAAUGUAGUAGGUACCGAUUCAAAUGCAAUAAGUACGAAUCAAAUACAGCAGGUACUGAAUCAAAUGCAGUAGAUACCAAAUCGAAUGCAGCAGGAACUGAAUUGAAUUUAGAAGGUACUGAAUGCAAUAUACUGUCACUGUACCAGCAAUUUUAGUC